UCUCCCCCAUCACCACCCCCAACACAAUGACAUCCUCCAAGGCAGAGUACGUCCCCCGCGAGGGCGAGAACCAGCCGGACCGCGAGUACGAGGUCGCGCAUGUGCCGACCGCUGGCGUGUCUCGUCUCCCCGAACCCGAAGUGGAGGGCGACGAGAACGCGGCCCCCCCGCCGCCGACGUACGAGGACGUGCUGUCUGAGCGCACGGCCGAGCUGAGCGUCGCGCCGUCGACUCCGGCGGUGCCGUCGCGCCCCACGCCGCCCGAGGACGCGCAGCGCGCGCUCGCGCCACUCAAGCUCCAGUACACGAACGACGCGAUCAAGGGCGCGUACGCCGUCGACAUUGGCGAGAACAAGUCGGGCCCAGACGUGCACUUCAAAUCCACGAACGGCGCCGUCCGCGUGUCGCUGUUUUUGCGGGGCACGGUGCCCCGCCCCGCCGAGGUGCAGCUCGAGACUACGAACGGGGGCAUCAAGGCCGUGCUCGCGGACCGGGACGACGGCCAGCCGCUGCUCGUGCGCGCGACGAGCACGAACGGCUCAAUCAACCUCAGCAUCCCGCGCGACUUUGACGGCAUCAUCGCGCUGCGUACCUCCAACGGCAGCAAGACGCUCGCGGACGACGUCAAGGCCAAGAGCGUCAUCGUGCCCAACGAGCCGGGCGCAGACUCCAAGACGAUCAGUUAUCGCGUCAAGCCCGAGGCGAAGCGCCGCGACGACGACACGACGGCCACGUGGCACACUGCGCCGAGCACUGUCGGCGCUGCGAGCGACAAUGGCACCACGGUCGACGACGACAGGCUCACCUCGAAGGCCGACGACGAGGACACGCCCGCCACGGGCCUCGACCUCGCCGAGCUGCGCAGUACCAACGGCAGCGUGCGCGUCGUCUACUUUGACCCCGAGGCUGAGGCCGCUGCUGAGGAGAAGAAGAAGGACGGAUGCGUGAUUGCCUAGGCGGGCCGUGAGCCCAAGAUGUGAUACCCCGCUACCGAACAGCGAACGUUUAUAGUCUCGUGGAACAAUGUACAGUGUUAUUGCUUUGG